GAUGUCACAAUCGCGCAGACUAACUUAAUUGGCACAGUGCAACAUCGCAAUUUGCAAUUUCAGUUUUUAAUAUUGCAAUGACAAGUAAUGUUUGACAAGCGAUUUAAAGUCGCAAAUUUUCAACAAACUAUCUCUAAAUUGCAGUAGGGUGAUGAUUUCAAGAGAGGUUUACGUUAUUUGCAUUUGACAAAUUAAGCUGGUCUUAAGAAAUUAAUAAUAGUGUCAAAAUGUUAACAUUAAUUAAUAAUGAUAAAGACAAUCCGUGCCUAAAUAAAAAUUUAUCUCUUGGAAUAGAUCAAGCCUGUUUCAGUGUUAUUAAUGAUACUCCGGGAAAUUUAACAUUGUAUUCAGUAAUUAAUGAUUGCUACGUGGUAAAUUGCGAAGGAUUAAAAUGGGCAACAUUAUUACCUCACAGCAAUACGACACUUGUUACAGAGGCAAAAUUACCUUUACAUAUUUUUUUCAAAGAUUCAAAAAAAGGUUACGAAUGGUGUCAUGAUACUUUCAACUUUAGACAAUAUGGACAUUACGGUUGGAAUAUUACGGACGAAAAUGGAGGAUGUUCUUCAAUUUAUACUAUGUACACUUCCUGGAAUCCUUAUUUACCAAUCUUAGCAGCCUUAAUGAUGUUUGUACUCGUCGCUACUAUUUUCACAACAUCAAAAAUGAUUAUAAGAACAGUGAAACUUUUUCGACAACGUGAAAAUGGUAUUGACAAUGAUCACGAGAGAUUACAAGAAUCAGACGCAUCGCCAGGAUUAAUUAGCAUUUCAAAAACAUCAUCGAGAAUGAAAUCGGUCGAUGCGUUUCGAGGAAUUGCUAUUUUAUUGAUGAUAUUUGUCAAUAAUGGUGGAGGAAAAUAUUAUUUCUUUGAGCAUAGCCCUUGGAAUGGUCUCACUGUAGCGGAUCUCGUUUUACCUUGGUUUGCUUGGAUUAUGGGAUUCAUGAUUGUAAAAUCGAUUCGAGUUAGUUUACAAUUAUCCAUUUCACGAAAGCGAAUAUUAUUUAAAUUGAUGAGACGUUCUUUAAUUCUUAUUCUUUUGGGUUUAAUGGUGAAUUCAUAUGCGCAAACAAAAUACACUUUGUGGAAUUUACGAUUUCCGGGAAUUUUACAACUUUUAGCAAUUACAUUUUUCAUUUGUGCGGCUAUAGAGACUAUUUUUCUAAAACCCCAACGAAGUUUUCAGGAGAUUUUUUUGCAGUACGGCCGAUUAGUAUUUCUUUCGGAUAUUUUUGAUAGUUGGCCACAAUGGUUGAUUGUUACGGCACUCACAACAUUGCAUACUUUGAUGAUAUUUUUACUUCACGUUCCCGGUUGUCCUGAUGGUUACUUUGGACCCGGUGGAUGUCAUCGUCGUGGUAAAUAUGUUAAUUGUACUGGUGGUGCUGUUGGCUAUAUAGACAGAGAAAUUUUUGGUAAUCAUUUGUACAAUAAAACGGAAAAUCCACUUUAUCGUCAUACAUUGCCACAUGAUCCCGAAGGAUUAAUGAAUACAUUAUCGGCGGUUUUAAUCGUUUAUUUGGGUGUUCAUGCGGGCAGAAUUUUUUUCACUUAUUACCAAUGUACAGCGAAAAUGAUACGAUGGCUCGUGUGGUCCGUUGUCACGGGUCUCAUUGCUGGACUAUUGUGCAAUUUCGAAAAGGAAAAUGGUGUGAUACCAAUAAACAAGAAUAUGAUGUCUUUAUCCUAUGUUCUUGCCACUUCGUCUUUUGCAUUUCUUUUAUUUACAAUUCUGCAUUUAUUAAUUGAUUACAAAAAAUAUUGGACUGGCGCACCUUUUAUUUACGCAGGAGCAAAUCCAAUUUUACUUUACGUUGGACAUUAUUUGACAAAAGGUCUUUUUCCAUUUGCCUGGGAUAUUAUGGGAACACCAACACAUACUUUUGCUUUACUGAUGAAUUUAUGGACAACUGUUCUUUGGGGUUUUAUUGCCUAUUUACUUUAUAGAAAAGAUAUUAUUAUAAGUAUUUAAAAAAAAAAAAAAAAAAAAAUUCUAAAAGAGAAUCUUCCUAAAGAGAAUUAGAAUUAAAUUUGAUUUAUUCGUUGAUUGUGAUUAGAUUUAUAUAUACAUUUAUUUUAUUUAUAUAUACAAGAAAAAAAAUUUUUGUUUUUACAUUUUGUGUUAUACAGUAAUUUUCACUAAUAUACAGUAUUAUGUGAUAUAUUUACUAUA